UCACACUGCACUACGAAUAAGAAAAUUUCUAUGCAAAACUAAAAAGAAAAAAUAUUUUAUAAACGAAUAAUAAUAUUUAUUUAUUGAUCCCGAAUACCCCCCAAACAAAACGUCCAAUGUGUGCUUGUUGUGAAUUGAAUAAAUUAAAUAAACAAACAAUAGCUCUUUGCCGCAGAGGAGGAGCUAAAGUGAUUAAUAGGAGUGAAAAAUAAUUGGAAACCAAAGCUUAGCCAGCGAACACAGCCAAGCAAAACAAAACAAAUUCAUAAAAACACAAGGAGAUAAAUUUUGUGGCCAAAAUAUAAUUAUUAUGUUACAAGAGGAGAACAACGAGGAAUAUCAGAAGGAACGAUUUCUUUACAUACUAUUGAUGACAGUGAAUGUGUCCAUAACAUUAGUUAUAAUGUUGGCGGCGUGUCUCUGUUGCAAGAAAAAAUUGCCAAAAAAUGACCUGCUGGGUUUGGAGGGCAUGGUUAAAUUAAAAAAUCCCGAUGAAGUAGUAGUUGUGACACAAUUGAAUGCCAGUGAAUCUCAUGUCGAUCUUAAUAAUUCAACUGUAUCUCAAGCGGAUUCUGAAAAGAGGGCCAGCACAGCAGCCCAUCGUUCCUUACCCGAUAUACCAGUGGCUGAGGCAAACGGUGAUACCGGAUCUGAGCUUUAUGAAACGGUGGCCGACAAAAUGCUUAUGGAUGCUCAAAAUCAAAAUAAAAGUCCCACACCAAGUUUAAAGAAACAAAUAAGUGUUUCUCAGCACAGUUCCAUAAGUCAGGCAGACGAUGUUAGUUCCCCGUACUCAAGAGUUAAGAAUUCACCACAUGACUAUGCAAAGGUGCGUCCCACAGAGCAUCCAUAUGCACAGUUAAAUGCACCGUCUACUUCACAUUUAGCAUCAUCGGCGCCUUCUUCAAAUUCUAUUGUUGACGGCGCCCAGUCACAACAACACCAUCAUCACCAUACGUCAGGUACUCAACUCAAUGUAAGCAAUAACGAAUCGAUCCAUCAACAACGCACAUCACAUCACAGUGAUAAUGCGGAACAUGCUAACGACAAUGGUCAACAUGAAGCUGAAAUACCCGCUGCUUCGGCCAUAGCCGGUAUGAUUUCGGCUAGCCAAGAUUUGCCGUAUAUGACGCCACCCAUAGCUAAUCAACAUUUUAGUGGUGAUUCACAGGAUUCGUCAAAAGGUUAUACCAGUAUCAGUGUACGAGAACCAUUGGCAAAUAUAUUGGCUCAACAGCCACAAGUACAGUCAGCAACACGCAGCGCUGGACAUUCGCGAGAUGUCAAUGAUUCACACUAUGCUACAGUAUCCGACGAUUCAGAUGAAACUUAUGCUGCUAUUGAAGACCCCAAUAAUCGACCACAAACCAAUAUCGCCACAGAUAUCUAUACCAGUGGCUCCGAAACUUAUGCCCAAAUUCAGCCUAUGCAAUCACCAAAUUCAAUGGUAGUCUCGGUCGAAAUAAAUAACACAAAUGCAAGCACUGUGCAAUUACCAGUCAGCAGCAGUGGUCAUCUGUUGGCAACAGGACAACAAAAUCUUUCUUCACUAUCUUCACAUUCUACAAGCGAUCAUCAUAAUGCAUCGUUCAGUUCACAACAUUCCACAAAUACAUGUGUCAAUGUCGGUGCAAUGCGUUCAAGUUUAGAACUUAUAACAAACACAACAACAGCGACACCAAUACCACCACCCGUUGAUAGUUUAAGAGCACAAAUGCAUUCGAGGCAGGCCUCAGCAUCGUCUAACAACAGUACUUCUCUGUGUAAUCUAGGUUCACCCAAGCCAGAAAAACGUCAAGCCAAUUCACCGUUACCGCCAACACCAAAGUCCAAUGUUUCGUCGUCCACAACACAAUUACAAGCGCUGAGUUCGAGUAAUUUGACGUCGGGACGUAACUCGGUAAUAUCUGUGAUUGAAUGCGCUGGAGAGUUAAUGGAGGAGGGUGUCACAGAUGUACCACUUGAUAGUUCACCUCAGAGGAGAAACAAAAGCUUAAGUCCUUCAAAAGACAUCGAAGGAAUGUAUGCCAAGGUUAUGAAAAAGAACAAAUUCUCACGCAAUUCACCCUCAUCACAAAACAGUUCACCCAUUCUGCAAAGAAAAUACAACACCGAUGACAGUGCCUCCGCUUUGGGUGUUAGUCCCUUGGACAAAUUAGAGAGUAACAAUUCGUAUGGUGUUAAUACCAUCAGUGAUCGUCGUUUACGUAGCAAUAGUUAUGGAGCAUCGAAGGAUCAUGGUUAUGAAACUAUACCCGCCGAUGCUAUGCGUGGAAACUCCACACAAGGUAUAAUAGAAAAUCGUAAAUCGGACGGCUAUGCUCAUGUCCUACAGAAAGAACGACAGCGGGAAAAUGUUCAUACCUCAUCAUCUGUACCACCGAUAAAUGUCUACAGUGUACAAUUAAAUAAUAGCGAUAAACAUUAUGAAACUAUAGCUCAACCGCCCAAUGCCGCCAGUUCAAAUGAUCCCGGCUAUGAGACUUUAGAGAAACCAAAAAAUCUUCAUCACCACCAUCAACAGCAACUGUUACAGGAUGAUUGUGAAAAGAAAUCAUCGGAUUAUGAUCCCAACUAUGAAGUACUCAAGGGUCCAACAAAUUCGGCCGGAGCCUCCGAUGAUGGCUAUGCCAAGGUUUUGGAAAAGAAAAAUGUACUUGUCGACGGUGAAGAUUCCCUAGAUGGUUAUAGUAAAGUGAGAGGAGAAACAGAAACAGCAGCUGGCUAUAGUACAAUAGCCGACGUUAAACGGACCGAUGCCAAUCAUAAUUAUGCCAGUAUUUUGGAAACAAAACGUGAAGCAAUUGGCGGCGGCGGCGGCAAUUCCGAUGACAACCAAUUAGAGACUGACAGUGAUCAUUAUGCACGCAUUGCUGAGAAGAAUAUUGCUGCCGGCGAGCAAGCAACGACAAUACGAACACCACCCAACCUACCGCUGAGUGCUUCACAAAAAUCAAUGGUAGAUGAAGAAUUGUUAACACCACGCACAACCACAGAACUCUCCAUUACAUCACCAACGUCCAUUACCAGUAGUUCUAUGCUUAAUACCACCAGCUCGAUCAAUUCCACUUCCACAAAUUUAACAACCACUAGCACAAUUAGUUCUCGCCAAACACCUACCUCAUCUUCUCAAUAUGAAUCCCUUACAGGCAGCGAAACAGAUCCCAACUAUGAAUCCGUCUGCUAUUUGAACACCUCAGGCCAAGAAGGGGAGGAGAAUCCCUAUGAACGUUUACAUACGGAAAUCUCAGAUGACAUAACUCAGCUAAGUAGUCCUGAAGCCUCUACCCACACAGCUGGAGCAACCACCACCACUACAACAACAAACAGUAGCAGCAGCAGUAGUAGCAAUAGUUCGGCGGCAGCAGCAGCAGGCAUGGCGGAACAACAUUCCAAAAUGUUAAAGGCAAAUGGUUCCAAAGUAACUAUAACAAACCAAGAUAAUACAGCAAAUGAUAUUUUGGUCAAUGACUAUUUUCAAGUAUAAAUAGGAACUAAGAGUGAUUCCAUUAUUGAUUUUUACAACAACAAAAACAACCAAGUAUAUACAGAAAAUCUCACCUUAUACAGGGGGUGUGGUAACAAGUAACUACUAUACUAUUUUAGGGCUUUUUUGCUUAGCAAUUAUUAAGUAUUGGCACGAACAUAUCAUUUCACCGAUGAUAUAUAAAUAUUAUUUUUUUUAAAUGAUUAUUGUUUUAUGUGAAUCUGUUGUUUUCUUUUUUCAUGCUUUGAAAAAGUGUAUGUAUAUUUUAAAAUUAUUUUGUUUUACUUUGUCGUUAAGUAUAAAUAUAAAUUAUGUAAAUUUCAUUAUAACAUAUGUAUCAAUAUAUAUAUUUAUAUGUGUAUUAGAUAGUAUCAUUAUUUUAGAAUACAUUAUAUACCACUCUGUUCCGUUUAAAAUUGAUGGCCAAAAGUGAAGAUUUUAAACUCAUUGGAAAAAAUCCAGUUUUGUAUUCAUUGAAAAUGAUCCACAAAUAAAUCAGUUAAUCAAUGGCUACAAUAAAAAUCGUCAUUCAGAAGACUGUCCAAAGAAUACCCAUUAGCCCAACGCAAAUUGAACGUCAAAGUAACUUUCUUAAAUGCAAAUUUCACUAAAAAUUAAUUUCCCAAAUUAUAAAAAAAAACAAUUUAGAAUGUGUUUAUUGGUUUAUCGACAGAUAUAAUCCCUUGGCAUAUGACCUUUUCGGCGAUUAAUACAAUUCACAGCCAUAUGGAAGUGCUUUUCAUGGCUGGUUUUUGUAAGACAAUUCGAAAGUGAACUCUAAAGAAAUACACGCACUCAUUGUAUUUUUUUCAAAAGUAUUACAUUUAAUAGAUAAACAUGGAAUUUGUGUAUUUGGUUCUGGUUCACUUCGUAUCAUCAUACAGAAACAGGCCCUUAAAUUUCAGAUUUCUAAAAAAAAUUUGGGAAUUUAUUCGAUAUUUACAUAUUUUAAAUUCCACCAUUUUGGAGAGAGGAAUAAAUACAAGCCAUUGCAAUUACCAUUUUUCAGCUGUGAUAAAUUUUAUAGCAUAAAUAUUAUAAUUGUCGAAUAACUUCGAAUAUCUUCUUUACCAUACGUAGAGGGGUUUCCAAAAUGUUUUGUGUUUCAGAAAGGUCAGUUCUUUUUUACCAUAUUUUCCCACAUCUGCUAUUUCCGUUAGAAAUAUAAAGAUUUGCAAUAUUUUGGAAAAUAUUAAGUUGUUGUUUAUAUUUCUUCUUAUGAACAUUUGAGGUUUAUAUGGUGAAUGCCCAACUAUCAUAGCUGUCAGUUUUAUACGUUCGGGCACUUUUUUGUCUCACUUUUAAAACAAAAAAGUAGAAAGUAGGGAUUGUGAAUUUCGCCUAGUCUAUUUCAAUUUACCUGUGGUAUUGUUAGACAAAUUGAUUUCGCAAAUGUCGCAAUGUCUAUCGGUCGGACUCUGUAAAUAUACGAAUGCAGCCUUUUUGAUGAGUAAAUUAUAUUUGAAUACUGUAAAGUAUUACAGGGUAAUUGCUAUUUAUAUUUGAAAUUAAAAUUUUUUAUUCUAUCACUUCGAUGCAUUAGUAAGAGAAUAGACUAUGAGAUAAAAAAAAACUGCAACAGAGUCAAACGCCAUAUUUUUUUCUUUUUUUUAAUUUUAUUGACGUCGGAAAUAGCAUCAAAUUUUAGAAUAAGUUUAGAUUUGUUCGAAUUGGUUACCUUUGGUUCGAAUUAUGGCCUUCAAACGGUAAAUGAAACCGUUACAAGCUGUCCGAAUGUUGCUCUGCGGUAUUUUGGUCCAUUCCCGCCGAAGCGCUUGCUUGAGGUGGUCGACACUUUGGUAUUUUUAAUGCCAACCUUGCUUUUCAAGAUACUCCAGACCCAAUAGUCCAACAGAUUGGUAUCCGGAUAUUUUUGUCCAAGGUCUGCUGCCAAAAUGUUUGUGUGCCCAAGGCUUUAAUACACCCUCCAAAAUAUUUACGCGAUAAUAUUCGGCAUUUAUUCUGAUGCUACGGUCGAUUAAUACGAGCGGAGAGCGACCAUCGGCUGUUAUGACGGGCGGCCCACACCAUCACCAUGGCAGGCGGUUGAGUUCUGGUGCCCAACCGAAGGUGGACAUUUUCAGCUGACCUCUUUGGCAAGUAAACACGAUCAUUUUGUUUGUUAAAAAACUGCUGGACAACGAAUGUUUUUUCAUCGGAGAAAACCAAAUUCAGCAGUUCACCUCUUUCGGCCAAGCGAAGCAACUCUUUAGCUCCUUUGAGUCUAUUUUCUUUCUGUUGCGGUGUAAGUUCUUGCACUUUUUGGAAUUUCAAUGGCUUUACCUCGAACUCAUUUCAUGUCGAUUUUUUACUUUUCGAACCAUUUCUGCUGAUGUUGCUGUUUUCUUCCGCCCACUUCCUUGACGUCGGGCUACGCUACGCUGCCAGUACCACAGUAACGAGCGAUGGUGCGAGACACAAACGAUUUAUUCACAUUUAAAUGCUGGAGUGCUCUAACCAUAGCCACUUGUUGUUUUCAAGCCAAAUAUAGAGUUAUCACCAUAUCCCGCUUGAAUUCCAUCACGAAUAACUUAUUUUCUGGAAAAUCCUCAGCAAAAUGCUUUUGUACGCUUGUAAACAAUAUAAUGUGCUCUCACUGGAAUAAUUUUUCCAACUGUCGGACGAGUGGCUUAGAAAUGACAGAAGUCUGGACUUGAUUUCAGUUUUUUUUUAUCUCACACUGUAUAUACACCGGGAUGCUUCCACUGGCUAUCAUCGAAUUUUGCCCUUUUUGCGGUAUUCCAGGUCUGGUAUUGCAAAUGAUCAGUAGAUAGAAAUAUUUGCUAUAAAAAUUUUUCAAAAUUUCUACAUGUUUUUGCAUAGACCUCACAUUCCAGUAUCGAUCAACGCAAUCACACAAUAGUAUUUAUAAUUACUACACAUUUUGCAUAUCCUUAUUUCUAAUUCCGAAUUUAAAACCCCUUCAUUUGUUUGCCAUGAAAUCAUUAGAUUUCUAUAUUCUUAAAGUAGAGAUUCGCACUAUAUUUAAUAUAGGCGCUCAAGUUUCUCAAACGCAAUCGAACAUUUAAUGGUUUCAACAAACAAACAAAUAUUGUUUUCAGUUUGUAUUCGGUGUAACAUUAAUUAAAAAAAGAAAAUGAAAAAGUCUAUCUCUUAGAACAGAGUGGUAUCCUGUACAAUAUAAUUACUGGUUUUUCCCUCAACAUAUUUUGUUUUCCAUUGAAUUGUUGUUUUCGUUGAUAUAUAUAAGUCUUCUUAUAUACUUAAAAGAAAA